CACAGUACUACAAUGAUCAGUAAGGUGUCGCUUCUGUCCCACACCCAACAGGAGUCUGCAGAAGUUCUAUGACAGGAUGCUGCAGGGAGAUGGAGGGAGGCGAGUCUUUGUACCGAUGUGCGGAAAGACUCUGGAUCUGAAAUGGCUUUCAGACCAGGGACAUGGUGUUGUUGGAAAUGAAGUCGUAGAGAUGGCGUGCCGUCAGUUCUUCGAUGACCAUAACCUGCAGUACACUACACAGAGGAUAGAGGGCAUGGAUGGAACAGUUUUCAAGGCUACUGACAUUGACCUGCAACUCUUCAACUGUGAUUUCUACAAAUUAACCAGUGACGUCAUCGGAACGUUUGACUGUAUCUGGGACCGGGGAGCCAUGGCAGCAGCCAAUCCGGAGGACAGAGAAAAGUACGCCCAAGUCAUUGUGCCUCUGCUGAAGCCCACAGGUGCCUACCUGUUGGAUCUGUUUGAGCUGGAGAACACGGUGUUCGCAGGUCCCCCACACGGUAUCACUGAUGCGAGGGUGGAUGAACUGUUUGCGUCCAAGUGCAACAUAGAGGUGCUGAUGAGAGCCGACCGCCUGGGGGACUGGCAGAGGUCCUGGGGACUGGAGUCCUUCUGGGAGGUGGUGCGGCUUCUCACACCCAAACAGACGUGAAGAACGAGUGAUGCCGGAGGGCAGGGGGUGCCUCCCGUGGGGUGGGGAGGUCGGGAGGUAAACGGGAGUAACGUAAACAUCUCACUUGCUGACAACAUGGUAGAUGAAACCUUCCAAAUAAAGUAACAAGUGUCAUGAAAAGAAACUAACAGUUUUAGUUUCAUUACAAGGCAAAAUUGGAUAAUUCUAGUUUUAUAUAAAGAUAAAAGUGUAUAAUUUUAGUUUCUUAUUAGAGUAAACCUGUCUUGGGUUAUAGUAGAUGUGUAAUCAUAUAGUCAUAUUAAGAGUACGUAUUACGACAGUUUGAUAUUUGUAUAUGUUAUUCUACUCUACUAACUGUAAACGACCUUUGGUGAUUUAUGUGAUCAUUAUAGCAGCACAGAAUUCAGCAAUAUUAUGUUGGUGAAAACUACAGUUUGUAUAAGUGAACGUACAAUGUACUACUGUAUACAGUGUGGCACCAUGUCUUUGAGUGAUAUGUUUGUAUCUUACUAUUCGCUCGACAUUUUUUGUUACCUGCCAUACAUAACGGUAUAUCAACGAUUCAUCAUGUACAGGGCUGUAUUGAAAACGUGAUUUUCAGUAUUUCCAAACUUGUACGGAG